AUGGACAUGAACAGAUUCCUCGGCGUAGUUACCGUCUUCGUCACUCUCUACUCCACUCAAGUCACAGCACAAUUCGGAGUAGUUCAAGAGGCAAUGCGAUGCGUGGACAAACUAUUGCCGUGUCAUCCGUACAUUCACUCGGAUAUUCCUCCGCCGCCGUGGUGUUGUGAUCCGAUGAAAGAGAUCGCCGAGAAACACGUAACGUGUCUUUGCGCUGUCUUCAACCAUCCGGGCAUGCUCAGUUUCAUUAGUCUCACGAAAGAGAACGCUCUUAAUCUCCUUAACUCAUGUGGAGUCAAGCAUGACGCCUCGCUUUGUACUAAAUCCGCGGCUUAUUCUUCGUCGACGGGAUCUACAACCAGCGGGAGCUCUUCCGUCGGCACCGCGAAAAAUGCAGCUCUACUCAGCAUUUUGGGAUUUAGCUUCAUUUCUGCUUUUAUAGGAUUCUGA